UUAGUCAACCGGCGCACCUGUAACUUGAGAUUUAAAAAAUGUAUUUUGUGACAAUUUAAGUCAGUUUUACUUAUAUUAGAAUAGAAAGUCUUCAAACACUUGCUAAACUUAUUUGUUAUACUUAAUAUUAUUAAAGUAUACGAUAUUUUUUACACUUACGUAAACAGAUACAGAUUGAGUCGUUUACUGCUAGAAUCCUAUCAAGAUGGGGAUGACAUUCAAAGGAAUACCGGUUGUAAUACUUGUUGGCCUGGGACUGCUGAGUCUGGGAGGCUUGCUGCACCUCAUUGGUCUUGCAACGCCAUAUUGGUACAGCAUGUAUUACCAGAACAAUUUAGUGAAAGACGGGUAUGAUGGCCACCAUGGACUCUGGGUGACAUGUAGAAAUCUGGGUCCAUUCGGUCUAAAAGACUGUCAGUCACAUGGUUCAGGAGAUUUAGAAGUUGCAGGGUUUAUACAAGCUACAAGGGCCCUAGAGAUUCUCGCUCUGCUCUUUGGUAUAGUGUGCAUCCUUGUGACAGGUCUCUGGUUCAUUCUUGCUAUCCAGAAACACAGGAUGAUCCUAAUGAUAUCAUCACUGGGCUCUGGAUUUCUGUGCGCAUUGUUUGGGAUCAUCGGGAUUAUCGUUUAUGGAGCAGAAGUGAACAAUCUUGAAGACUCUUUGAAUAAAGAAAGUACAGGGUACCUAUGGACGUUGAGACUGGACUGGAGUUUUGCGUUAUGCACAGUCUCCUCCAUAAUCGCCGUUAUCUCGGUUAUCCUUAUAGCCGUUGGGACGAGGAUGACAGAUCGAUGAAUACUCUUGUGAUAAUUAAGUAGUUGUGUAGCAAGCUAUGUUGUUAUACAUCAUCAUACAUCGUAUACCGGUAGAGGUAUUUCAUAUUUUUACAUUUGUAUUCUCUUAGAAGAUUGUUAAAAAAUGUAUACCUCGCUUCAAAAAUGAACUUUAUGUUAGUACAGCAUUUACAUAUAAUUAUACUGAAAGAUCAGCUUUUGGACAUAAUCAAUCCAAAAUAUGUUUUAAUUUGGAAAAAAAUGUCUUUCACAUACUUAAAUGUUAUUGGUUCGCAAUAUUUGUUCUUGACAAAUUAUUAUGAGAGAGAAGGUACUAUAGUAAAUAGCUUUGUCACCUUAUUGUAACUAUGGUUGAUUUGUGCUUGGCUGGACCAAGCCUAAAUGUGGAUUAUGAACUUCUUUCUUUUUUUGCUUAUGUUUGGAAAUGACCUUAUCGAAACACGCUUGUCAGUAAGUUUAACAAAACACAACCACAAUGCCAUUUUGCAUCAAAGAGAGGGUAAUAUUUUUUUACAGCUGAUGAUGCCAGUCAGUUUCUUUGUUACGUGAAGUCAAUCGACAGGCUAUUUAAUAGAUAAAAGAUGCUGUACUUGAUUUGAAAAACAGCUUGGAUAAGGGGGGAAUUAAAGCCAUGAAUGUUCAAUGUUUCAAGGAAUUGAAACGCUACUUUUUAGCUCCACUGGCCGAAGGCCAUGGAGCUUAUGUCGUCACAGAUUGUCCGUCGUGAGUGCGUGCGUGCAUGCGUGCGUGCGUAAACUUUUACUUUAAACGACAUCUCCUCUGAAACUGAUAAGCGGAUUUUGACAAAACUUCACAGGAAUGUUCCUUUGGUGGUCCUUUACCAAAAUUGCUCAAAUGGUUCCGGUCCAUUGCACAAUAUGGCCGCCAGAGCUAAAAAUAGCAAGAUCUUUAAAUGACAUCUCCUCUGAAACGGUUUGGCAGAUUUUGAUGAAACUUAACAGAAAUGUUCCUUGGAUGGUCCUUUAUCAAAUUUGCUUCAAUGGUUUCGGUCCACUGCACAAGAUGGCCCCCAGAGGUAAAAAUAGAAAAACCUUUAAACGACUUCUCCUCAGAAACCGAUGAUCGUAUUGCAAUGAAACUUGACAGAAAUGUUACUUGGGUAGUCCUUAACCAAAAUAGCCCAAACAGUUCUGGUCUGCUGCACAACAUGGGCACCAGAGCUAAGAAUAGAAAAAAACGUUAAACUACAUCUUCUCAGAAACCGAUUAUCAGAUUUUGAUGAAACUUUACAUAAAUGUUCAUCGGGAUGCCCUUUAACCAAAAUUGCCCAAAUGGUUCCGGUCUGCUGCACAACAUGGCUGCGAGAGUUAAAAAUAGAAAAACCUUUAAGGACUUCUCGUCCGCAGUCUUCACGAAAAACAUUUUAACCUACUAGCCAGUUGGACUAGCAUAAUGGCAUAUUUUACUAGUCCGAAUGACAAUCUAGUAGUCCGACUAUUUUGCCACAUUAUAAAACUGUAUGCUUGAGGUAAAUACCUAUUUCAAUUGAGCAGCUUGCAGUUUGAAUAAACAUUUCUUUAUUAUGAUGCUCAUGCAGUGAUAGGGAGUGACAUCCUUCUGUUGGGAAUAGUGCUCCUUGUUUUUCAGAACCUAUGGGUACUAUGUAAAAACAAAAGGCAUCUUGCUUGAAUAGACUGUAAUAAUAUCAACAUGGUUAGAAAAGAAAUGCCAUGCUUUAAUAGCUUUGAUUACAUUUUACUACUGAAUUACCUCCCUUUAAUAGAAAAAAAAAUAAUGUCUUAAUUUUUCACGUAUAGCAUCUUUAAAUAAUUUUUAAACAAUAAUAAUUUAUGAGUAAACAUAUAAGCAUAAAGUUCUCACAAAAAGAUCAAUUUAAAAACCUUACAUUUAUACAUAGGAAAGUAUAUAUAGACUGAACAUUAAUUUUCGUUUAAGUGACAUUCUGAAAGUUUAUGAAACAGCUAUUUUUAGUAACUUAAAUGGCCGAAAAGUGUAAGUGAAACACCAAGUCGAUUCUAUCUCGUCAGUUCUUGUUCAGGUUAGAUAUUUGCUUCAUAAUCUAUUCAGAUUAAAUGUUAACCGAUGAUCAGAUUUUGAUGAAACUUGACAGAAAUGUUCCUUGGGUGGUCAUUAACCAAAAUUUGUUAAAUGGUUCCAGUCCACUGCACACCAUGGCUGCCAGAGCUAAAAAAUAAAAAAAACUUUAUACGACUUGUCGUCGAAACCGAUGACCUUUUUUCGAUAAAACUUGACAGAAAUGUUUGUUUGGUGCUCCUUUACUCAAAUUGCCCAAAUCAUUUCGGUCCACUGCACAACAUGGCAGCCAGAGCUAUUAAAGUAAAAUUUUUUUUUAAAUAACUUCUCCUCAAAAAUUGAUGAUUGUAUUUCUAUGAAACUUGACGAAAAUGUUCGUUAGGUGGUCUUUGCUUGAACCUUUUGGCCAGUGGAGCACAGGCACUGAUGUGCCUCUUGUUUUGUAAACAUAAUGAUACUAAACAGCUAGCUCCUUGCCCCUGAUCACCCUGCGUACAUGUAUGCAGUAAUUUGAUUAAAUUGAAGUACAUAUCUCAGUGAUCAUAAUUUGAUCGUUUAUUUUCUUAAAUGUGAUGAUGUCAAACUUGCAUAUAAAAAGUGCACAUGAUAAUCAAAAAAUUGUUGUUUUUGUAUAUAAAAGUUUUUUUUAUAAAUAAAAAAAAAAUAUUGUAAGACUAUUGACGAAACUGCCAGCUGACUGCCUUGGCCUUCUAAUGAAAAUUGUGAUACAAUGUAAAGCAAAUAAAUUGUUUCUUUCUUAAAGCUGCACUCUCACAGAUUGACCGAUUCAACAACAUCUCAGAAUCAGUUUAUUUUGGCACCAUUUCCUUCAAUUUAAUCAUAUAAGAUAACUCACAAUAGAACAGAUCACAAUUGUUUGUGAAACUGCCAAAAUCUUAUAUUUUUCUUAAAAGUUUAGUAAUGCUUUUAGCCAUAAAACAUCAAAUUUUGAGCUUAAAUAUCAAAAACUGCAAUCUGAUCUUUUAUCAGCAGUCCUAUAAAACUGGUUUUCAGGCAUUUGUGCAAUGUUUGGCUACCAGGUAAUUCUAUGAAAAAAAACCUAAAAGAGUUGUCAAAACAGUCAAUCUGUAAAAGUGAAGCUUUAAUAUGGAAAAUCGUAUACUUGUGUACUUUGAAGUAUUGUUUGAAUCUGAAUUACAUAUAUAUUGUACUCAAAUAUUCAAUAUGUAUAAAAAAAAUAGACAGGUAUCCAUUACAUGUACAGUAUGUAUUCCUAUUAACUUUGUUUAAGAUAUAUAUAUUCUUUAGUUAGAAUGUAUAAGAGAACAUGUACACUACUAGGUUACUUUUAAUGUGUAUUGUAAAAAUCUUAAUUGAUUUUAAGAAGACAUUUGAUGCUUAUUAUUCAAAAUCGUAUUGAUUUUAACGAGUCAAUUGUCAUUGAUUAUGCAACAGUAAUGUGUGUAUGCAUAUAUGUCAUUAAUUUAUCACUUUAUGAAUAUUCAUGAUUUAAUUUUUUCAUAGUGUCUGUUUACAUGCAUUUGUAGCAGACCAUUUUUGUAUUGUUAGAAGUCAUGAUCAAAUAUAAUGAUGCAAUAUUGUUCUCUUAUUCAGCAUUUUACUGUUGCCAAAGCUUGCAUUAUUUUUAUGUUUUUUCCUGUUUUUUUUCAAUUCGUUACAAUAUUACCCAGGAAUACAGAUGUGUUUGGAACACUUUUUGUGGAUAUUUUAUAUAUUUUCGUGUAAAAUGGCCCUUAAUUUCACUGAGUGAACACUAAAAAGCUUUAUAGCACAAGUGAAAUAUUUAUUUUUGGUGUUCACUUAAUGAAAUUAAUUGCUUUACUUUUUGCCUGAUAUGAAAUGACAGUUGAUGAUUGUUGUUUUUCAGAAAAGCAUGCCAAAAUGAUGGGAACAUAACAUCGUUUUGAAAUAAUGUCUAUGAAAUCUUAAAUCCCAUGCCCCCUGACCCCCUAGCUUGCAAUAAACUUAGAUUUAGGCCAGUUGAACAAAUUCUCAUACAGAACAUUGCUACAUGUACAUCAAAUUGGUGAUAAGGUGUCAGUAGACAUUGUUUGCUUCAAAAAGCCAUACUAUGAUAAACAUUUUAUACUGAAAAUGCCAAUGGAAUUUAUAUAAAAUAUAUUCCUUUAUCAUCAUUUUCGUACAAGAAUUUUGAGAUAGAAAAAAAUCAGGUCAUUGUAAAAACCAUUGGCCCUAGUGUUAAUCCUAAGUAUUACUUAAUAAGACUGCAGCUUCAAGAAGAGCAUAUCAGAAUUUUACGAUGAAAGAUUACAACAAAUUUCACACGUAUGGUAUACCAUUUACUGCAAUCUAUUUUUUAUGGCAUUAUUUCACUUUAUUGUUUGUCAUUAUAACUUGUUGUGCCGAUUGUUCCAACGAGCUAACAUAAACAAAGUUGUUAUCAACAUGUUGUUAACCUUUGAAGGUAAAAUAUUGUUUUAUGAGCUCGUAUAUUUAAGUAAAACAAGCAGUGCUGACAUUUGUAAGAAGUACUGAGGAUCACAAGUAUUUCAAUGAAAUUUCCAGAGAAAUUCAGAUUUGAAGGCAAACCAGGAUAUAUAAUUAGCAAUUUUGUUAACUUUAACAAAAAUACUGAACAAUCAGACUAUUGUUUUUUAUUUACCAGAGUGUCUAUUUUAUUUUGAUAUUUUUAUGUUACUGUCAUUGGUGCUUUAAAACUUUUUAUUAAUCAGACUAAUGAUAUUAUAUUUGUUCCAAUGCUUUAAUAUUCCUUGUUCCAUUUCAAUUUACGCAGACAAAAUCGCAUGUAUUUGGAUAUUUAACAUCAAUUUUAUAUGUACCAUUUGAUGAACUAAUUAAACUAAUUUGUAAAUUCUUGGUAAUACUGGUAUCAGCUUUGAAAGCAUAUCUUUUAACCAACAGUGUUAUUCUUGAGCCACACAGCGCGAUUUUGUGCCUUCAGACAUUCCUUUCCAUUUACCGUUUUACUAUGUGUUUUAGUUAAAUGAUGUUUCAGGAACAAAUACUAAAAAAGUCAUGAUUAUAUCUGUAAAAUUUCCUAAGAUACCUCUUUAGCAAGACUAUACAUUGUACAUCUUGUUUACGAAGUUUGACCCCACACAUAUACAGUCAUGACAAAAGUAUAUUAUUGAAAUUAAAUGCAGAAUAAAUGUAUAGAUAUUCAAAGAAGCCUAUAAAUUGAUUCUAUAUCAUAACAUGGUGCCUUAAUGGAACACAAAUAAAGAAAAAAAUGACGAUUCAUUAUAGUAUUUUUAAAGCGACACUCUUAUUCAAAAUCAUUACAUACACAUGUAUAACAAAUAUCAUUUUUGACUGAUAAACAAUUAACUAAUCGCUAAAUAAUGGAUUUAUUGAAAAUAUUAAUUACUGAUAACAAGAUUGUAACCCAGCAUUUAAUAGCAGAAAGCGCAGAAGUAUUAAAUGAUUGGUGAAUGCUAAAAGAUUUACUGUGGCCUUCUAUAGUCUCAUAAGUUAGAAAUACUGUGUUUAUGCUCAUUUGAAGUCAUUUCUUUCAAAAAGGACUCGGUAUCCUUCAUUAGAACCAUUGUUUUCAACAUUUAUUCAUCCUUUUUGGAAUAUGAAAACAAUAUUAUUACUUGUGGUAAAUCUUAUUUGGGAGUAAGAGUGCAUCUUUUAACAAUUGUGCCGUUUGAAAUGACAUAAUGACGUAAUGAAUGCAAUUGAAAUAAGUCAAAAGAUGUAGUUGCUAUAGAAACAUGCUAAAGAAAUUCUCAUAAAUCAUCGAGAAAAUGAUGCGCCAAUCAGUCUUUUAAAGAAUGAAGUUUUGAAGAAAUUGAAACAAAUUGAAGGAAACAUUAUUUUGGGCAUUUUUUAAUUAUGAUUAGUUCAUUUGUGAUAUUUGAAGUCCGAAGACUAAACAUCAAGCUCACUUAUAAGUAGUUAACUGUAUAUGGUUUCCAUGAUAAAGUUAACAUGUAUCUAGUGUUUCAUGACGCACAAUUUAGGUUGAUGCAAAAAAUAUAUUUUUUUAAUUUCAAUGCAUAAUCAUGUUGAACUGAUUUGGCUUUAAUGAUCAAAACAAAAAAAGCAUAUAACUUGUGUACAGAUUAAAAAAUAUAGGCCUUUAUAAAUGUUUUUUUUUUAAUUAAAUAGAUACCAGGCUGAAAAUUUCAUUGUUAAGAAAUCACCAAGAUAUCACCAAUAAUUUUUUAAUAGUACAUAGAUAUUUUUUAUUAUUAUUAUUUUAUAUUUUUACUAUUAUCACAGUCAAAGGAGACAUGAGAGUGCAUUAAAAUUCAAGAUUAUUUUCCAACCUUUUUAGUGUGCCUUAAGGGUUUAUUCAAGACCACUUUAUGAACCAUGUUACUGAAAAUUUGAUAUCUGAAAUUGGGCAUCAGAUAUCAAAAUUUAAUUUAAAAUUUUGAGGCAAUAUGUCAGAAACAUCAUUUAACACAAACUCACCAUUGCCGCUGUAUUUGGACAUGUAUAAUGGCGUCAACUUAGACUAGCAAUUACAUAUUAUAUGUUUAAUCUGUAUACAUAUCAGUCAAAAAAGUAUUUUAAAGUUUAUAUUGGUUUGUAUAUUUAACAAGUUAAAAUAAAAUAUCUUUACAGUGUA